GUACUGUAGAGAUGGCAGAUAAAAUUGCAAUGAGCUCGGCCUUGUAUGAAGAGAGCCAGUUGAGGAUUUUGGCUAAGAAUUGGUUGAUGAUUUGGUCGUUAUCUAGUUGCACCCAACCUAUUCUCAUUGAGCAAUUACUAGUACCUAUGUCUGAUACUGAGUAA